GGAGGCAGGGGCAGCAGGAGCGAGUGAUCACGAGCAGGACUGGGGACAGGCCCUGCCGCCCCUGCGGGACCAGAGCCUUCGCAGCCCCCACGAUGCCGAGCUCUCCGGCCCUGCGGCUGCUGCCGCCGCCGCUCCUGUCGCUGCUGCUGCCGCUGCUGCUCCGGAGGGCGGAGGCAGGCUCUGAGGGGCGCACGGCCGGGGAGCUGUACCAGCGCUGGGAGCGGUACCGCAGGGAGUGCCGGGAGACCUUAGAGGCCGCGGAGCCGCCCUCAGGCCUCGCCUGUAACGGGUCCUUCGAUAUGUACGUCUGCUGGGACUCUGCUGCACCCAACGCCACUGCCCGUGCGUCCUGCCCCUGGUACCUGCCCUGGCACCGCCACGUGGCUGCAGGCUUCGUCCUCCGCCAGUGUGGCAGUGAUGGCCAGUGGGGACCUUGGAGAGACCAUACCCAGUGUGAGAACCCAGAGAAGAAUGGGUCCUUUCAGGACCAAAAGCUGAUCUUGGAGCGGCUACAGGUCGUGUAUACCGUCGGCUACUCCCUGUCCCUUGCCACGCUGCUGCUAGCCCUGCUCAUCUUGAGUUUCUUCAGGCGGCUGCGCUGCACUCGGAACUACAUCCACAUCAACCUGUUCACGUCUUUCAUGCUGCGGGCGGCAGCCAUCCUCACCCGAGACCGUCUGCUACCUCCACCUGGCCCCUACCCUGGGGACCAGGCCCCUACCCCGUGGAACCAGGCGCUAGCCGCCUGCCGCACAGCCCAGGUCGUGACCCAGUACUGCGUGGGUGCCAACUACACGUGGCUGCUGGUGGAGGGUGUCUACCUGCACAGCCUCCUGGUGCUCGUGGGAAGCUCCGAGGAGGGCUACUUACGCUGCUACCUGCUCCUUGGCUGGGGGGCCCCCACGCUUUUCGUCAUCCCCUGGGUGAUCGUCAGGUACCUGCACGAGAACACGCAGUGCUGGGAGCGAAACGAAGUCAAGGCCAUUUGGUGGAUCAUACGCACCCCCAUUCUCAUGACCAUCUUGAUUAAUUUCUUCAUCUUUAUCCGCAUUCUUGGCAUCCUUCUGUCGAAGCUGAGGACACAACAGAUGCGCUGCCCGGACUACCGGCUGAGGUUGGCUCGCUCAACGCUGACGCUGGUGCCCCUGCUGGGUGUCCACGAGGUGGUGUUUGCUCCGUUGACAGAGGAACAGGCUCGGGGCGCCCUGCGCUUUGCCAAGAUCGGCUUUGAGAUCUUCCUAAGUUCCUUCCAGGGCUUCCUGGUCAGCGUCCUCUACUGCUUCAUCAACAAGGAGGUGCAGUCGGAGAUCCGCCGUGCCUGGCACCACUGCCGCCUGCGCCACAGCCUUGGCGAGAAGCAGCGCCAGCUCCCAAAGCGUGCCUCCCGGGCCCUUCCCUCGGGCUCCGGCCCAGGCGAGGUCCCCACUGGCCGCGCCUUGUCCUCAGGGAUCCUCCCAGGGCGUGGGGAUGAGGCCAGCCGGGUGUUGGAAAAUUACUGCUAGAAAGCGGGAUUCCUGUGUCCGUUCAGUUAGCAUGUAUUUAGUGAGUGCCUACUGUGUGCCAGGCCCAGUGUGGGGGACGCUGGGGAAACGGGGGAGAAGGAAACAGGAAAACAAGGUUCCUGUCCGCCUGGAGAUCACAAUGGAGUGGGGGAAACAGAUGAACACAAACAUCAAGUUACACAUACGCUGUAGAACAGCUUAUGAAGGGAAAUUGGAAGAGGGGCUAGGGUGGUCUUGGAGGCCAUCUCUGAGGAGGUGACAUUUAAACCAUGCCUGAAAGAGGUGAAGGAGACAACUUUGGUAAGAAUUGGAGGAUAAGAUUCUAGGCAGAAGAAAUAGCAUAUGCAAAGGCCCUGGGGCAGGAAGGAGCUUGGCCUUGGCUGGACUGGAAUAAGUCAAAGCCAAUAGAGAGAGAGAGAGAAGUAGGCAGAGGCACAAGAGUUGGGAUUUAAUUCCAGAUGCACUGAAGAUUCUUAGCAGGAGCGUCUCAGGCUAAUGUUUUAAACAGAUGCACCUGCUGUCCCGUAAAGCUGUGGUCCCCAACCCCUGCUCCCAGCUACCCCCCCAGCAGGUG